AUGACAUUGUCCAAUACGCUGUCGGUCGCAGAUGAGACAUGCUCCGAGAGCUCGAGCAGCUCCCGGGCGAGGUCCGGAUGCCCGGCCUCGCUUAGCAGGCCGUCGUCUUCGAGCACGCAGUCGCGCACAGGGACCGAGCCGCGGAGCCGCCGCCGAAGCAAGGAGCGCCCGACGCCGCUUGCAGGUGGCGCUGCUGCGCUCCCGGACGUGAGCCGAACACUUCGGCUCGCGCCCUCAACGAGCCGGGGCCGGAACGUUCACCCUAUCUACGAGGAAAAGAUCACCGCAACAGACCCACGUCCCGCCCAGAGAACUGCCGAUGACUUAGCUGACGAGCCGGGACAAACUCGGUCCGACCGAGGCAUUCCCUCUACCCUCGAGGACGCCAAGAAAACGACGAUCAGAAGAUCCCGUGGCCGCGCCAUAGUUCAAUGUGCGGCGCCUCGAGCCGGCCUCGUCGCAGCCAGAACGUUGGUGGUUGACCCCAUACAGCCUGGUGAUGGCCCUCUCACCGCGGUGCCGUCGCCGCGCUUGACCAUACCCAGCUUUUUCGAGCAGCCACCGACGCCCGACGUUCUGGAAGCGCGCCGGCCGUCCGACACUGCGCCUACCGAGGCUACCGCCACACGUUCCACGGUAGCCAAGGCAGAGGGAGGCCAAUGCUGCGAAGCGGCAUUCUCGAGUGUUCUGUCGGUACGCUCCCUGCUCCAGGUGGAGGACCCCGACGUCAGCAACAGGCAGCCGGACGACACGGAAGAAGGUUCGGCGCAAUUCGUGGUGUCUAUGGUGGGCAAGAUGGCCGUGCUUCUGGCGUGCUGGUACCUGUUCCUGGUUUCGCUGGACCUGUUGAGCUCGGCCUUUAAGCUCUUCGCCGGACACCAGUCGUCGACCCGGGCACCCAAAAGCCACAUGAUCCGCAACCCCGUCGUGGGCAUCAUGACGGGCUUGCUCGUCACCGUCCUCGUGCAGAGUUCGUCAUCGUCCACCUCUAUCACCAUCACCUUGGUCGGAUCCCAACUGUUGAGCGUGCAGCAGGCCAUACCGAUCGUGAUGGGCGCCAACCUGGGCAGCUCUGUGACAAGCAGCGUGGCCGCGCUCUCUCAGGUGACGCGACGCGACGAGCUGCGCAGGGCGUUCGCCGUGGCCACCACGCACGGCCUUUUCAACUGGCUCACGCUCGUCGUGCUGCUCCCCUUUGAGGUCACCUUCGCGUUCUUAGAAUCGUCAUCCCGAAUGGCAGUGGAGGCCCUGGACCGCAAGCACCGUCUGCUCCGGUACAACCACCUGCGCGCGCUCACUCGGCCGCUGACCAGCUUCAUCGUUCAGCUGGAAGAAGCGAAGCCUCCACAAAAGAUGACCGCUGAGCACAGCGAUGGCAGCGGCAUCGUGAUAAACACCGUCCGCACCUGCUGCGCCUACAACGGGAGCCGCUGCUUUCAGCACUGGCUGCCCAUGAUGCCAUCACUUACCAUCAAUCCUGCACAAAACACAGAUCUCGAAGGCCAGCAAUCUAACCGAUCUCGAUCGUCCGCUGCAGGCCAGAACGCACUGGCGCGACUGCAGCUGAGCGACCAGACUGCCGGCCUGGUGCUGCUCUUCGUUUCGUUGCUGCUUCUGCUCGGCUGCAUGAGCCUGGUGGCACGCACGCUCAGUCCCGCCCUGCGGCUACAGAUGGCGCUGUCGCGGGUGCCGCAGGGCCUGCUCGAGGGCUACGCCUGCCUCUGCCUGGGUCUGCUGGCCACGCUGGUGAUGCAAAGCAGCACGGCGCUCAGCUCGGCCCUGGCGCUGCUCGCCGCGUCGGCGGGCGACCACGUGGCGGGGCUGCAGCGCGCCUACCCGGUGCUGGUGGGCGCCAACAUCGGCACCACCAGCACGGGCCUGCUGGCCGCACUCGCGGGCGACCCGACUCCCGACACCCUACAGCUGGCUCUGUGCCACAGCUUUUUCAACUUGUACGGCGCCCUGCUGUUCUACCCGGUGCCGUUCAUGCGGUUCCCGCUGCCGCUGGCACAGCUGCUGGCUGCCACGGCCGCCCAGUACCGCUGGUUCGCCGUCACCUACCUGUUACUCGUGUUCCUGACGCUACCGCUGCUCGCACUCGUCCUCUCCUUUGCCGGCACCACGCUCUUCAGCACCGUGGGCGUGCCGCUACUGCUGGCCGCGCUGUUCCUAGUGGCGCUGAACACGGCCCAGCGACACCGGCCGCGAUGGCUGCCGUCAUUCCUGCGUUCCUGGGACUGGCUACCCCUGUGGAUGCACUCGCUGGCGCCGCUCGACGCGCUGCUCGAGCAAUACGUGCUCAGACGCUGGCGGCUACUCGACGCCUUCCUCGGACCACCGCCACUGCCUGCUGCGGCCACCGCCUCCUCGUAG